AUGUCCGCGCCCACUUCAUUAGCAGAGGCUUCUCAAAUUCCAACCAUUCCGGCCCUUUCUCCCUUGAAUGCGAAGCAAUCCAAGGGUAAUUUCUUCUCCUCAAACCCAAUAUCUAGCUUUGUUGUGGAUACGUAUAGACAAUUGCAUUCUCACAGGAAAUCUUUGGAGUUGGCCAAUCCAGGCACUGUGGAAAACCUGAAUAAGGAAGUCUCCCGUGACGUGUUUUUAUCUCAAUAUUUUUUUACCGGGUUAAGAGCUGAUUUGAACAAGGCAUUCUCCAUGAAUCCCGCCUUCCAAACUUCGCACACCUUCUCCAUCGGUUCUCAAGCCUUGCCUAAGUACGCAUUCUCUGCACUGUUUGCUAACGACAACCUUUUUGCCCAAGGUAACAUCGACAACGAUUUAUCUGUCUCUGGUAGAUUGAACUAUGGCUGGGACAAGAAAAACAUUUCUAAAGUCAAUUUGCAAAUAUCAGAUGGUCAACCAACAAUGUGUCAAUUGGAACAAGACUACCAAGCUUCCGACUUCUCUGUAAAUGUGAAGACAUUAAAUCCUUCACUUUCUGAUAAGGGCGAAUUCACAGGUGUUGCUGUUGCGUCCUUCCUGCAAAGUGUUACUCCCCAAUUAGCUUUGGGUCUAGAAACUUUAUAUUCUAGGACUGACGGUAGCGCUCCAGGUGAUGCCGGCGUUUCAUACUUGACUCGUUAUGUUUCCAAAAAGCAAGACUGGAUUUUCUCCGGCCAAUUACAAGCCAAUGGUGCUUUGAUCGCCUCAUUGUGGAGAAAAGUAGCUCCAAAUGUUGAGGCAGGUAUCGAAACUACACUACAAGCAGGUAUGGUCCCAAUUACUGAUCCGCUGAUGGGUACACCAAUCGGCAUUCAGCCAACCGUCGAAGGUUCUACCACCAUUGGUGCAAAAUACGAAUAUAGACAAUCCGUAUAUCGUGGUACAUUAGACUCUAAUGGUAAAGUUGCAUGUUUCUUGGAAAGAAAAGUCUUGCCAACCUUGUCUGUUUUGUUCUGUGGUGAAAUUGACCAUUUCAAGAAUGAUACCAAGAUUGGCUGUGGUUUGCAAUUUGAAACUGCUGGUAAUCAAGAAUUGCUAAUGUUACAACAAGGUUUAGAUGCCGAUGGUAACCCACUACAAGCUCUCCCUCAAUUAUAA